GUUGAAUUAUGCCAGUGUUAACUGUGCUCGUGUCAUUGAAAUAUUAAAAUUGUUCUAUCUUGUAAAGGUUGAUACGUAAAAGGAUAUUCCAAGACAUAAUCGCAGAAUAACUUAAGGCUGACAAUGGUCGAGUUAUUGGCAGGCUUUCUGUGUAUGCUCAGCAUCAUAUUCAUAACAUCAGCCAAUGUUGUCGAACGACCAACAAUAGUAGCUGAUAAUUCACCAGUAGUGCGAAGACAAGGCCAGACAGCGUAUCUGAGUUGUGCUGUCAUAAAUGUUAGGUUACCACAACAGGUACAAUGGAUUAAACGGACCACACCAACUGGGGACCCUUUGCAUAUUUCUUCGAACGAAAAAAUUCGAGUAGGUUCUGUAGUCGGAGGUAGCAGAAAAUAUGAAGUGAUGAAAUACAAAUACGACAACCGUGAAAUAUAUCAACUGAUCAUACAGUCAGUUACAGAGACAGACGCAGGAAAUUAUACAUGUCAAAUGUAUUUGCCUGAUCAAAAUUAUAAGGAAUGGCCCCAAAAGAACGUCGAUUUAAUUGUGUUUGCUCCUCCUACUUUCAAACCUGAUAAUCCCACCGAAAUACAAGCCCAGUCGGGGGACAAUAUCACACUGGUGUGUGAUGCUAAUGGUUAUCCUCUACCAAAUAUUACUUGGAAAAGAAACGACGGUGGACCACUGCCUAAUGGUGAAUUCCAGGAAAGGUUAAGUAUAAGGAUUUGAUUUAACAUCAACACACUAACGCCACGCCUUAUAUGAACUGAUCAUAUAUCGUAAAAGCAUAUACUUGACAGAAUAAAUAGCAAGUUGAGAAUGGUACCGCUUGUAAUACAACAGGAGCGCAUUUUUCGACACUUAAAGAGAGGAAAAGAUAUCAAAAAGAAGGGCUAAAGACACAAUGGACAAUCAAACUUAUAAGUCGAAAAUUAACUGGCAAUGCCAUGGCAAAAUUAAUAUAAAAGACAAAAAAUAGUAUACAAAACACAGCAAAGAAAACAUGGGACUGGACAACAUGAUCCCCCUACGAAAAGAUUUUGCUCUCAGGUGGUCAAGACAGAUAAAUAUAGCAUGCUCCACAUGUGUCACUCGGUAUGUGACUCAUUUAAGUACAAUCUAGUUUGGUCAAUAAAGACUUGAUCUAAAAAGAAAUUAUUCGCGUGAACAUCUUUGAUAAAUACACUUUGUUGUAGGGUAGUAUAUACACAAUUAGCGGAAUAAGUGUUACCAUUAGUGGGAUGUUCAUUUGCACUGCUGAUAACGAGGUUAAGCCUUCAGCAUCCUUCACAGUACAGCUUGAUGUCACAUUUGUUCCUGUCUGUACCGCUGUACAGGAUGUAGUCGGUCAGGGACAAAACCAAAAAUUUAAUGCGAAAUUAGAGUGCUUAGUUGCUGCUAAUCCUAGAGCAGAGGUUUCAUGGUUCAAGGAAAAUAGAGCAACAAAGGAAAGGGAAGAGAUUCAUGACGGUGAAAAAUACAACCUUGAUGAACAGUAUUCAAACUAUUCAAAACCGUUUGAGAGAUGGUACACUCUGGCAAUAAAAACUGUACAACGAAAUGAUUAUGGAGAUUAUUAUUGUACAGCGAGGAAUGAAUACGGAGAAAGUCAAGCAAAAGUUACACUGUUUAGUAGUUUUGGUUGACAUAUAAUUAAACCAUGAAUUGCCAAUGGCCGAACGUACCAUCACCUCGAGCCUCAGAAAUCCUCGUCAUUAGCCUUUUCUUCCUAAAUUACUUUCCAAAUGUUCAACCUCUGCAUAAUGUAUAAAGACUGACAGCCGUGUAGCUUUAUUGUUAAUCACACUAGUAACAAGUGCCUCUCUUUUUCUGUGUCAUGAAAUAAAUAGCUUUAAUUUAAAUUGUAUUUAGUUUUAUAGUUACAUCUUGGCCGUGAUACA